AUGGAGUCUUUGCGCGCUAGUCGGUUUGAUCUCCAAGGCAAAAUCUCUCGUAUGAACUACGAUAUCCAGCUAUAUCUUGAAGGUCUAUUUCGGGACGACUUCUACCUUCGGGAUUGGGGGGCCAUGCACAAGGCAAUGAUCACAGACACUCUCAUCCAACGUGCAAACGGGAUGUUCCAGUGGGUUCGUUGCCAGUUGGAUAGUUUGCGAAAAUGUGUCACAGCUUCUGAUCUGGAGGCAGCUUUGAAUAGUCUACCGAAAAGUCUAGAUGCGACUUAUGAGCGUAUGUUGCAGCGCAUUCUAGAUGAACAUCAAGAGAAGGUGCAUCGAGUAUUGCAGUUCCUUUGUUGCUCGGCUCGCCCCAUGCUGCUUGGUGAACUUGCCGAAGUUGUAACAGUAAAUAUGGAUCCUGCAGGAGUGGCGCAUUACGUCCCGGAGGAUCGGUUGCGCAGCCCAUCGGAAGUACUCACAAUAUGUGGCAGCCUGGUCUCUCUAUCCGAAGCCGAUACUCGUCGACAGUGGAAUGAUCCGUAUCCGAACCUCCCGCGGAGUAUAGCGCAAGUCAUCCGAUUAUCGCACUUCUCUGUUCAAGAAUACUUGAUGUCUAAACGAAUGCGAACAGGCGGAGCUCUGGAGUAUCGGAUUGAUGCCGACCUCGCACAUAGGUCGAUCGCUAUGAUUUGUCUUGCCUACCUGUUGCGGUUUGACAAUUCCGGUGGGCUAGAUAGGAAGCGCUUAGAAGAACAUCCGGACAUUGCACUAGUUUCAUAUGCGGGAAGACACUGGAUCUGGCAUUGUUUGCGAUGUUUAGGCAAGGGCAAUGACCAGCCUUUGCAAAUGUUAAUCCAAGAGCUUUUUCAUCCUCGACGUGCACGAUUCUUGAAUUGGGUCAAGAUAUACGAUUUAGACACGGGCCAGUAUCAAUAUGGCAGGCCUCUAGACAUUGCGACACUUCCUGGCCCCCUUUAUUACUCAUGUCACGCUGGAUUGCUCGAGGUUUCAGAAUGGCUGUUGAGCCAAGGCGCCGAGGUGAAUGCAACAGGGGGAAACUUCACCUAUCCGCUGAUUGCGGCAUGCGCCGGUGGCCAUACUGAAGUCGUGCGUCUGCUGUUGGACCGAGGCGCGGACGUGGAUGCUGAGGGAGGUGGAAUCGAUAGGACCGCACUGCAGGCGGCUUGCGCGCGAGGUAACGAAACAAUCGUGGAUAUGUUACUCGACCGAGGUGCGAACGUGAACGCGGAGGGAGGAGUGUUCGGGCCCGCACUCCAGGUGGCGUGUAAAGACGGCCACGACGCGAUUGUACAACUGCUGCUGGACCGGGGCGCAGACGUGAACGCGGAAGGAGUUGCGAACGGAACUCCACUACAGGCGGCGUGCGCGCAAGGUCACGAACCACUCGUGCGACCCCUCAUCGACCAGGGUGCCGAGCCCAAGGGCGGGGACACACUGAGUGCUGCAUGUUCAGGGGGUAACGAGGCUAUCGUGCGAUUACUCCUCGACCGAGGUGCCAGUGCGAGCGUUCAUGGUCGUGCCGAAAGCCCGCUACAGGCGGCGUGUCGUGGAGGCCACGUUGCGAUCGUCAAACUGCUGUUGGAAACUGGUGCUGAGGUUAACACCCGAGGAGGACACUACGAGACUGCGUUGCAGGCAGCGUGUUCAACAGGUGAUAAUCGUCAAGAAGAAGUUGUGCAACUGCUGUUAGACAGUGGCGCCGACGUUAAUGCAAGAGGAGGCCGCUACGAAACCGCGCUGCAGGCCGCGUGUGCAGGCGGCGGUGAUUGUCAAGGAGCAGUCAUCAGACUGUUGCUGGACAACGGGGCCGACAUCAAUGCAAGGGGAGGAUGCUACGAAACCGCGUUGCAGGCGGCGUGCGCAGAAGGCGUCAAGUUCGAUGGACGAGUCGUACGACUACUGCUGGAUCGGGGUGCUGAGCCAGAUACGCUAGGAGGGUGGUAUGGGAACGCAUUGCAGGCGGCAUUGACUCAUGAUAUCUUCUGGUCUCAAGAUGAAGCCGCCAAAAUGAUGUGGGACGCGGGUGCCAGGCUUGGUACCAUGUCAUCUGCAGCACGGUCCGACGAGCACCUGCCAGUUUGGCAGCCAUCACCGUCGGGCAAUAUUUGGCACCAGCGCGGCAUAUACACACCGGUCAGUGUACGUGAAGUGUGGCCCGAAGAGUUUCGACGAGGUGGAUACUAUGCAAAACCACACGACAGACGACGAAGCAGUUGGUCUUGA